AUGCAGCGUUCGUUAGAGCAGAGGUACGCGAUUAAAUUCUGUGUGAAACUCGGUAAAUCUGCGACAGAGACGUUUGAUAUGAUCAAGCAGGCUUACCCAGAUGUUGCUUUAGCAAGAAGUGGUGUGUUUCGGUGGCACCAGGCCUUUUUGGAGGGCCGAGAAGAGGUCGCCGAUGAAGACCGUGCUGGAAGACCUUCGACUUCGACAAACACCGACAAUGUGACUCGUGUGCGCAAAGUUUUGAACACAGACCGUCGACUAAGUAUUCGUUUGAUUGCCCAGAUGUCAAUCGGGUCCGACAAGACAAGGCUCACACCGCCUUUCUUGUGA